AAUGGGGGGAGGGUCGCUACUUUGACGGGUGGAAGGGCAGCAAGUAUUAUAGGCUCAGUGGGACUGUAGUGGAGCUUCAGGUUUCAAACAUGAAUGAAGGAUGUAGACGCAAUGUAGGAAAAGACAACGAGUGCAGAUGCGUGUUUAGGAGUGUGUGAGAGAAAGAGAGUGGUGAAGAGGAGAGGGGUGUGAGUGGGAGGGUUGAGAGGAAAGGAGGAGAGUAAGGGAGGAUGCUGGCUGGGAGUACAUUGCAGUCUGAAGAGCUGAGAGUGAGGCCAGCAGGUGAGCGACGGAUGAGGAGCGAGUGAGUGAGCUGAGCRGAGCAGCAGAGACAGAGAGGAUCACCGAGCUCAGGCAGGAGGAGGGGGAGGCUCAGACGGAAACAAGAUGGGGCUGACCCCCAAAUUUCUGCACCAAUAGAGCCCCAGCUGUUGCAGCCUGAUCUGACACACAGCACCUCACCUCUCCACAAGGGCAACAGGAUGGAUGAGCAGAGAUGCGCCUUUCCUCCACCUCUGAAGACUGAAGAGGAUUACAUUCCAUACCCAAGUGUUCAUGAGGUGUUGGGAAGAAAAAGCCCCUUUCCUCUCAUCCUGCUGCCACAGUUUGGUGGUUACUGGAUUGAGGGAACCAACCAUGAGCUGAGUGAAGCUGGGGACCCGGAGCAGCACCGACCGCCGUCACCCAGCAGCCGCACUAAACUGGAAUGUAACACAACGGCCACACUGUACAGGAAACACUUCCUGGGCAAGGAGCACUUUAAUUACUAUUCACUGGACAGUUCCCUCGGACAUCUGGUGUUCUCCAUAAAAUAUGAUGAGAUUGGUGACCAGGAACAUCUCCGCCUCAUGCUCAGAACCAAGCUGAAAACCUACCAAGAUGUGAUCCCCAUUUCCUGCCUAACAGAGUUUCCCAACGUGGUCCAAAUGGCCAAGCUCGUCUGUGAGGAAGUCAACGUGGACCGCUUUUACCCUGUCCUCUACCCAAAAGCUUCAAGACUCAUCGUCACAUUUGAUGAACAUGUGAUCAGCAACAACUUCAAGUUCGGGGUCAUCUACCAACGGUUCGGACAGACGUCAGAAGAGGAGCUGUUUGGCAACAGCGAAGAAAGUCCUGCCUUUGUAGAGUUCCUGGAGUUUCUGGGAGAAAAGAUUGAGCUACAUAAUUUUAAAGGYUUCCGCGGAGGGUUAGACGUGACUCAUGGGCAGACUGGCACCGAAUCCGUCUACUGCAACUACCGCAACAAAGAGGUCAUGUUCCAUGUGUCCACAAAGCUGCCUUACACAGAGGGGGACACGCAGCAGUUGCAGAGAAAACGGCACAUAGGCAACGACAUCGUGGCCAUCGUGUUCCAAGAGGAGAACACUCCCUUUGUGCCGGACAUGAUCGCCUCCAACUUCCUUCACGCUUACGUCGUGGUCCAGGUGGUCAACCCCUGCUCUGACAACGUUGUCUACAAGGUUUCAGUCACGGCUCGGGACGAUGUUCCUUUCUUUGGCCCAGCUCUCCCAAACCCGGCCACGUUUAAAAAAGGCCCCGAAUUUCACGAGUUUCUGUUUACAAAGCUAAUCAAUGCAGAAUAUGCGUGCUACAAAGCUGAAAAGUUUGCAAAGCUGGAGGAGCGAACACGAUCAGCUCUGCUUGAAACCCUUUAUGAGGAGCUCCAUGUGAACAGCCAGGCCAUAAUGGGAGUUGGAGGAGAGGACGACAAGCUGGAAAAUGGGAAUGCAGGAGGAGGGGGAUUCUUUGAAUCCUUUAAGCGGGUGAUUCGCAGUAGGAGCCAGUCAAUGGAUGCCAUGAGUCUAACUUUAAAGAAGCCAUAUCCAGUCUCCAAUAACCUGAGCAGCCACAGUUCUGCAGAGAGCCCUAAAUUCCCUGGGAUAUCAUUGCUUGUCCCAGGCAAAAGUCCCAGUAAAUAUGGACGCCGUGGCAGUGCCAUAGGGAUAGGAACAGUAGAAGAGUCUCUGAUCAUCCCGGGAAAAAGCCCAACGAGGAAGAAGUCGGGUCCUUUCAGCUCCAGGCGAAGCAGCGCCAUUGGGAUUGAAAACAUCCAAGAAGUCCAGGAGAGAAGCAGUAGAGACACRUCUCCAAACACUCAGAAAACUCCUGACAGUGGCCACGUUUCUCAAGACCCGAAAUCCGACAACUCAGACCAGAGCUCUCCUGAGGUCCUCACAACCACCAAGAACAGCUCUUAUCUCUGUGGCAGGACCCCUUCCAUCCCUGAGGGCAACGACCUCUCCCGUUCCUCGUCCAACGCCAGCAGCUUUGCCAGUGUGGUAGAGGAGAACGAAGCCGAGGCAGCAGAGGACUACGACACAGGCAUGGAGAGUCUGUCAUCAGCYGGGACGCCUCACAAGCGCGACUCCCUCACCUACAGCACCUGGUUGGAGGACAGCAUCAGCUGCACCAGCAGCAACAGUCGUGGCARCUCUCCAGGACCCGGUAAAUCUGAUCGAGGGAAAGCCGCCGACAUUCGGAUCAAACUGGAACGAUCACAUGACCAUCAGUCAUCAAACUGUUAGCCCUGCCCACCUGAUUAUAUCCUGAAUCUCCAUCUUCAGUCCCAUAUGUCUCACUCCUUCUGAGAACCAUGCAUUUGACAUGACGGGUGAAGAGAAGGAGAACGAUGAUGAAGAUGAGGGAGGACUAUCGGCUGGAGCCUGCAGUUGGCUGCUCAGGGACGACAUGCAUCCAGAAACCCAGAGGACACUAGGAAGGGUUACGCACAAAAAGGGGCCAGAUUUUUACAUCCUUCGUUUCCUUCCACUCAUCUCUUUGCCUGUUCCCACAUCCGUUGCCUGGUUGUACUUUUUUUUWAUUUKUUAUUUUUCCUGGCCUUUGUUGUAGAAGUGCACAUUUUAUCUGCAAAUGUAAAUGUUUUAUCUGUGAAAAUGUCACUUUAGUGUAGUUGUCUUGUUGAAGUCAUGGCGUUCUGGCUGUGAAAGGUACAGACUGUGCUCCGAGCUGUCAUCGUGAGGAAACCUGCAGCCUAAAGAUAAAGACAGUUUAAAGGGCAUGUAUCAUCAUAUUUAAAAUUUCACCUCUUAAAAUUAGACGUUUUGUUUCACAAUGGCAAAAGAUUCAUUUCCAUUUUGGAAGYGGAGCAACAUUUAAAGAUUUGAAAAAAGGAAAAUGAUAACCAAGAAUGCAAGUUGCAAAAGGGUARCGACAUUACGUGUUCGACUCUGAACACAACGGACACAAAGACAAGUUUUUCUAGACGAUAAAUUGUCGCAGAUAUUAUUGCGAUAAAUGAUUAUAUUGUUGUUUUACAGAUAAUAAAGAAAAUAAUGAUAAUAAUGCAAGUUCACCCUCUGAGAAGUCAAUAAGCUUUGAUUUUGAUCAGGACAUUUCACACUGGAACAAGAUUUUAAAUAUCCAAAAUAAAACACAACUGAAAACAAUAAGACGUAAAUAAAAACCACACACAACCAAAACUAUAAAUAAGCAUGUUAUCAUCACAAUGGCAAUUAUUCAGCUMAUUUUUUAGCAUUUAAAUUACAUUGAGAAAUCUACUAAAUAGACAAUUGUUUUGGAAAAUAUUAGUUCUURUCUCAUUGUUUCCACCAAUUUAUGUAAAGGAAUAUAAGCGCAAAUUGUAUUUAUUUAUUUAUGCUUUUCUGGUGUUGGAGUAUGAUGACAUUUGCCCUUUAAGGUUUUUAGCUUAAUAACGAUCUCCAAUAUAAAUUCUGAAGGAUUUAGCACGUAAUGUGCAUCAGAAAAGUUUACUUGUGUGAAAUCCAAAGAGAAGAACAUGAUUGCUGSACUAAGACACUUUCUAUCUACUUUCUCCAAAUUAAGCACAUUUAACAAACAAUUAAAGUUUACUGGAAAGAAGAAUCUCGACUGAUAYUCAAAGUUUUCUUGGCCUUUAAGUUUAUGUUACCUCAAUAUUUGCCACGUUCUCAUCUACCAAACUACRUCAGUUGUAUUAGAUUAAAUARUAAUCAAACUUGAUUCGAGGAACUGAAGAAUUGGUUGCAUUGCCUGUAGUAAUAAGUCACUGCCUGUAUGGUCAGCCGAUGUACCAAUGUAGUCAUAGCAAUGUUAUUUUCUUACUCCCGUCUUUCUCUAACCAUGUUUUAAUUUUGUCCWCGGUUCCUGGUGAAGUGUGCGUUACACGGUUCCUCUCUGGUGAUAACACUCAGCGUCUUGUSAUUCAGCUUGUAUAUGUUGCUUUGGUGUAAUUGUAGUCUUUACCUGUGGCGCCUGGCUUGUUUCAGGGCUCUAACCUUGUUCAGUGCAGUAAGUUUGCAAUGCAAAUAUGAUCAAACCAUGUAUAUUUAUUUGCUUUAAAAGUGACUAAAUCCAAAUUAAGCUACUGGUUGUGUGUACAUAUAUAUAAAUUUAACAGGAGUACAUAUAUUUAUAGCUGGUGGAUUUUAAACUGGGAGGAGCAACACCAUAAGUUUACUGCCAAGUUGAAUAUUUACUGUUGUUUUAUGUCAUGUACAUUCUUGAUUUCAGAUUUUAUUUUGACAGUUUUGUAGAUUUUUAAAGGUUUUCAGACUGUAAAAGGGAAAAUGUCUCUGUACAUCCCAUUGACCAUUUCAGUUGCCUUAUAUCACACAAYGACAGUGUAAGUAAAGCCAGWGUAGGCAAUAGUUAAAAUCAUCAGGAUUUCCAAUGAAAUGAAUGUUUUGUUUUUGCUUGUUUUUACUGUAAAUAAAUACCCCAAGAAGUUUAAAGUU